AUGGCCGACGUCGAGGAGCCCAAGUUCAACUCCUUGGCUGAAAGAAUUGCCGCCCUCAACCAGCAAAAGAACUUCCAAGCACCAGAAGCGAAGGCUAAGAGGCCACCUCCUCCACCGCCGCCAACAAAUCGUCCUGUUCCACGCAGUCAGACGCUCCCCGUCACCCAGACGAAUGGGCUUCCCACGCCGCAGAAAAGUCCUUCGAUUCCUCCUCGACCGAACAAGGCCACCGCACCGGCAAAGCCCGCCCCACCACCGCUGCCGCGACGAACCACCGAUUCAUCCCAAGUCGAAACGUCAACUUCACCUGCCCCCAGGGACCGCAUUGCACCUCCACCCCUGCCAACUCGCUCUUCUACCCAGCAAAUCUCACCAGCUCUACCCCCUCGGAGGCCAUCCACACAACAACUGACAGUCCGCCGUAAUUCGAACGCUUCCGAGAUUUCUACUCUGUCGUCCCUCUCUCUGAACCAAACCGUAUCGUCGGCAACCAGCGUUCACUCGAUUGAUGGCCCAACACGAAAGCUGCCUCCCACCCUAGAUCAGGCAAAGCUACCACCCUUGCCACCGACCAAGAGAGAGCGAGAAGCUGCUCAAGCAAAGGAAGCUGCCGCUCAGCAGCCCAAGUUUCCCCUGGUUUCGGUCAAGUCAUCUCCCGCAAUCCGACAGAUUGAGCCUCCUCAGAGACCAGUACUGCCACCACGAUUAACCUCAAGAUCAACCACCCAGCAAGUUCACCGACAGACGCUGGAGGAGGAAGAACCAGCAAAGCCACGAAGAUUACCACCACCGCCAGCGGCUUAUAUUAAGCCACCGCCCCCGACGACAAACCAGGAUCAACAAGCCAACGACCGGCCGCCACUACCAGGAAGACGACCAACCCCGAAUGAUGACGCACCUCCUCCUGUUCCUCUCAGCUCCCGGCCAAGCGCUGCGCAAAUCGAGGCGGUCUCGGCCAGAGUGGUUGAGCGUGCAAACGACUGUCUGAUUUGUCGCGACUUCUCCGGGCCGGAUGGUGUCGCUGCCCAAUAUCCCAUACACGUACUCCCUCGGAACGAUCCUGUGGGCUACUUGGCUCAAGUGCUCUGCGGACCCUUCGCGUCACUUACAGACAAGGCGCGGGCAAUUUUCACCUGGUUUCACCAUAAUAUUGCUUAUGACUGCGCAGCAUUCUUCGGGAAUAACAUCAGGGGUCGCUCGGGAGCUGAAACGAUUCUUAUGGGCAAAGCGGUCUGCUCAGGGUAUGCGGACACAUACAGGGAAAUCGCCACUCACGCGGGUCUUGAGUGUAUCACGGUGGUGGGCCACGGGAAAGGGUACGGAUAUACUGCGCUGAAGAAGGGGGAGCGUCCACCGCCGAAGAAGGCUGAUGGCCACGCUUGGAAUGCGGUACGAAUCGACGGCGGGGAGUGGAAGUUGCUCGACGCCUGCUGGGGUGCCGGUAACGUUUCUGAUGUGACAAAAGAGUACACCAAGUCUUUCAAGCCGCACGAGUUUACACGGAGGAACGACAUUUUUGGACUCUCGCAUUACCCAAGCGACGACAGACACUUUUUCCGGCCCGACGGCAGGGUACCCUCCUGGGAAGAAUACUACAUUGGCCCAGUCCACGGCGACAAACCCAUUGUCUACACGCACGCAUACGAAGAAGGUGUAUGGGACCACACCGUCGAACCCAAGGAGCUCCAGAUCCCCGUGCACAGCGGCCAGGUCGUGCGCUUCCAGUGGUCCAAUAAAUGCGAGCACUGGACCUCGGAGAAGCACGGCAAGGGGAAGCCCCCGCUGCUGUUCCUCAGCAUCAAGGGGCGGGACGGCCGCAAGGACGACAUGGUGCCCAUCCAGACGGACGGGUUUUGGCACUGGGCCGACGUCAACGCGAUCGAUCUCGGUGCGCCGGGCCAGAGUGUUAGCAUAGCCAUGAUCACCACGAUUGACGGGCAGGAUGCUAGGGGCAUGACGGCCGACUACUACUUUUCCAAGAAGGGGAGGUGCGGUAUGGCUUGGACGUUCCUCAUGAAGUGGGAGCUCAUCUGA